GUGUCCAUGGCCUCUGAAGACCUUGCUGGCCACUUGCUGAACGCAUACACUCGCCAGAAUUCUACCAGUGCUGUUUCUCUGGACUUUGAGCCUGAUGUUGACUAUCAGUUUGUAGAAAGCUUAGAGGAACGAUAUAAAUGUGUCCACUGCCAUCUAGUCCUUCAUAAUCCUCACCAGACAGGAUGUGGGCACAGGUUUUGCCAGCGCUGUAUUACCUCUUUGAAAGAAUUGAACAUGGUACCCACCUGUCCUGUAGACAAAGAAAUAAUAAAGCUUGAGGAGGUCUUCAAAGACAAUUGCUGCAAACGGGAAGUUCUCAAUUUGCAAGUUUUUUGCAGAAAUUCUCCAGCCUGCAAUGCAAAAACAUCUCUAGGUCGAUACCAGGAUCACCUACAGCAGUGUUUGUUUGAAAGUGUACAAUGUAUCAAUGAAGGAUGUUGUGAAAAAGUUCUUCAGAAGGAUUUGAAAGAACACCUAGAUUUGCAAUGCAGCUAUCGAAAGGAACUGUGCCAAUAUUGUAAUCAGUCUAUAAUUUUAAUUAGGUCACAGGUCCAUGAGAAAACUGAUUGUCCUUAUUAUCCUUUAAUUUGUCCUCAUGGCUGCAAGCAGACAAUUCUAACAAAAGAGGUAGAAAGUCACAUCUUAGUAUGUCCUGAGGUCGAAAUUGAUUGUCCAUAUAAACCGUAUGGCUGUCCAACAAAGAUUAAAAGAGGAAAACUUUCAGAACAUGAGAAUGUUUCUUUGAGAGAACAUAUGCUAAGGAUCUUGGACAAGAACUCAAAGUUGGAAGAUCAGAUCUCUGACCUUUAUAAGAACCUAGAACACAAGGAGCUAAAAAUUCAGCAACUAGCUGACACAAUUAAAAAGUGUGAAAAAGAAUUCAGGCAGUUCACUCAGCUGUAUGGUAACAAUAGCAACUUACUGGCAAGCACUCAGUCUCUGGCUAUUCACGUUGAUAAAUCUGCCUGCCUGGAAACGCAAGUGAGACAGCUGGUACAAAUGGCAAACCAACAACAGAGUAAAUUUGACCUGAGGCAACUACUGGAGACCAUUGAAACCAUAAAGCAAAAAGUUGCUUUCCUGGAGUCAUUUGAACAACGUUUAGAUUUUCUGGAAGACUUGUCCAACCAACAUGACCUCCACCUUGGUAUGCACAGGGCACAGCUUAACAAAAAUGAGGAACGGUUUAAGCUUUUGGAAGGGACAAGUUAUAAUGGGAAACUGAUUUGGAAAAUUAUGGACUACAAAAUAAAGAAAAAAGAGGCUGCGGAAGGCCACACUGUCUCUAUAUUCAGCCAGCCUUUUUAUACCAGCCGCUGUGGGUACAGAUUAUGUGCCAGAGCGUAUCUGAAUGGUGAUGGUUCAGGAAAGGGAACACAUGUUUCCCUGUAUUUUGUAGUGAUGAGAGGGGAGUUUGACUCGCUGUUACCCUGGCCUUUCAAGCAAAAGGUUACACUUAUGCUUUUGGACCAAAGUGGGAAGAAAAAUCACAUCAAUGAAACCUUUAAGGCUCUCCCCAACAGCAACAGCUUCAAGCGGCCAGAAGGAGAGAUGAACAUUGCCUCAGGGUGCCCUCGGUUUGUGGCACACACUGUGCUGGAAAAUGCAAAGAAUGCUUACAUCAAAGACGAUACCUUCUUUCUAAAAGUAGUGGUGGAUUUAACUGACCUUGAGGAAUUAUGAGAUGCACCUCAAAAGAAC